AGGCUCUGAAGAAGAAAAGGAAGCACUGCUGUCCCAUAGUGAUAGCGAGGACAGUUGAUCGGGGAUCGCGUUUUGUUCUUCUUUCUUUGUCCAUUUCCAUUCUCACGAGGGACUGUGCCACCAUCCUACUUGCGAUACCCCAAUUUUUCCUUUGCAUGUCAUAGACUAUUGUUUUCCAAACGGUAUAUAGCAGCACCUACAUACUAAUUCCACACUGUACAAUCUUCGCAUCACAUCAACAUCCAUCCACAUGCACAACAAACGUACUACAUGCACCCCAAGACACUCACCUCACCUCAACCUAAUACCCCAAACCCACUCCCAUACAUCUCACACAAAAAGCCCGACCCCAUCAAUGCCGAAAAUCCUCCCCUCAAAAACCCUCAACAUCGAAAUCCGCCCCCAUCUGCCCCCCACAGUACCACCAUCCACCACUUGCUACGCCGCACGCACGCACACACGCACGCACACACGCACGCCGCACCGCAUAACCAAUACCACGCACGCACAUAUAGCCGCCCGCCCGCCGUCUCACACAGUACGUACACCCAAUCGCACACAUACAUACACAUGCAUAACACAGUACCAGUGCAAUCCGACGGCGAGGCGCCGAUCCGUCCUCGAACACGACACGACAUGAUAUGCAUGCAUGUAUGUACAUGUAUGGGGGAGAUAUAAGCUUCUGACACGAUACCGCGACAAAGGGUACCGCAUGUACUUGUGUGUUGCGGACUCUUCCUCGCCUGAGGCAUAGGUAUGGA